CCCGACAUCUCAUUACAAUAGCCUAGCGUUUGUCAAUAGAUAGGUUUACGAAUUUAUUUCACACAUCUUAAACUGAAAUUAGCCACUUGAACCACUCAGAACCAUAGAACUCUAACUAACCUAUAGGCAUAAUCCUAUAUAAUAUUCCAUAUGAACAAGGGAGUAUUGGUAACCAGUCAGAUAUUACUGACUUCACUGUUGAUAUUUUGAAUGAAAUCUAAGCUGCCACUCCCUUUGCUAACGUAGCCUUGUGUAAUGCACUGACUGAGCCAAUCCACAAAAUUGACCGAGGUAGCGUUCCAGAUCCGAGCGUGUUCAUAGCCAUUCCGGGUUUUACGAUUCCCCCUUUUUAAAACCCCAUUCCACCUCAACUUUAAGCGCUGGGAAAAAAUACCACGGCAAGGCAUCUGAUGAUACGAGGAGCAGCAAAGAUCUCUAUGGGGAAGCUGCGUUACGCGCUCAGCGUGUGAUCCCUGUCAGAGAAACGAUGGAGGCUUGCAAGGAGAAUUCGGGAAUUCGUGAUUGAAGAGGAACCGGAGAACCUUCUGGACUUUUCUUUUGGAUUUGGUUCCUUUUUCUUUUUCCUUUUCUUUUUUAAACCGGAUAUCAUAUUUUUUGCCUACACUCAAAAUGCCAUUUGCUAAACGGACCGUGGAGCCGCCACUGCUGUGUAGGCAUCCAAUUCCCAAUGAUGAGGGCUUGCUAUUCGAGGAUUUGUGUUCAAUCAACAAUGUUGCUCUUUCUCGGACCUUGCGGCAGCUUUCCGACCUGGCCAAACAUGCCUGUUCCUUAUUUGAGGAGCUGGAGAACGAGAUCAUGUCCACGAAUCAACGGGUUUGGGUUCUACAAAAUAAAAUAGGCAAGAUCCAACAAACUGCUAGCGCGUUGGAUCCGAAACAGGAGCCAGUGCCUGUGUCUAACCUGGAUGUGGAGAGUAAGCUGACGUCGCACUACCUGGCCCCCUGGCACCAACAGCACAAUGUGUUCCACCCGUCCUCACGGCCAUCCUGCGUGGAGGACCUCCACCGCCAUGCCAAGCAGAACCUGCGGGCUCUUCACAGAGACCAACAGCAGCGCCAAAGGUCCACCAGCCGGGAGCGCCAUCAGGUGACCAUCUCCAUCUCAGUGGCGCCCCCUAUGCCCACCUACCCUUCGCCGCGCGCCCUCAGGCACAAGGAGCAGAGGGGCAAGCACACGCGCACGGAAAGGACAGUGAAAGAGUCUGAGAUUCAGACCAUACAGAGAAAGGAGAGACCUGCAAGAGAAACAGAGUUUCAGCCAAUACCAAGAAAGGCGGCCCCUGCCACAGAGAAAGACCCAGAGGUCACGACCCUAGGGCGCAGGCCCAAGUGUCCGGUGCUUAACGUCCCCUCCACCCUGGACAAGAAGACCAACUGGUCUAAGGCACUGCCUCUGCCCACUCCGGAGGAGAGGAAGAAGAAUGAUUCACACGUCGUCAACUCCUGCAUCAUCCCCAUCAAUGUUUCUGGAAUGGGCUUUGACCGUGAAGCCAGUGCCCGCUGCUCGCUUGUUCACUCGCAGUCAGUUCUCCAGCGACGAAGAAAACUGAGACGGAGGAAAACCAUCACAGGCAUUCCCCGACGAGUGCAACAAGACAUGGAUUCUGAUGAAUCUCCUGUUGCCAGAGAAAGAACGGUGAUCAUCCACGGCAACCAACAGCUGUCUCUGUGCCACGAUGAGCUCUCGAUCUGCAGCCGCCACAACACCAAGGACUCCGGCUGCCAGACGGACGACUGCCUGAUCGCCGCACCCUCUCGCCGCCGCAUCCGUGCCCAGCGUGGCCAAGGCAUUCCGGCCUCGUUGUCCCACUCCACCGGGAACAUCUCCUCCCUGCCCGACCGCUCCGACGCCAUGUACACCUCCACCUCCGGGGGGCGCCUGCGUUCCCGAAGUCUGCCACGAGAAGGUGGGCGUAUCCGGGAUGAGGUAGAGGAUGACAGCGAUGAGGACGACGAGGAAGACGAUGAGGAUGACGAUGAUGAUGAUGAUGAUGAUGAUGAUGAUGAAGAGCUUUCCCCUUACGAGGGGGAGGAUUUCCUUCCUGUGCCUGGCCAGCACAUCCUCAAGGAUGAAGAAGAGAGCACGGAUGACCAGGCUGUGCCAGAGUUGCAGCUGGGUAGCCUGAAGCGUGGCGUGACAAGGGUUGGUAGUCCUGACCACGGCUGGAUAGAGCGAGGUCGCUCGCGGCUCCCACGCAAGGCAGACAUGGGUAGCUGUGAGAUCUCCUCCAGCUCAGACACUUUCAGCAGCCCGAUCCACUCUAUGUCCACGACGGGGGUGCUAGGGGGCCAGAUUGACCACAAAGAGGACCACCAGUCCUCCAGCGGCAACUGGAGCGGCAGCAGCUCCACCUGUCCUUCGCAGACGUCUGAAACCCUCCCUCCUGCCUCCUCCCCCCCUCUGACGGGCUCGUCCCACUGUGACUCAGAGCUCUCACUCAACACGGCCCCCCACAUCAUCGACGACACCACCGGCUUUAUAAUCGACCCCUAUCAGAGUGACCGAGCCCAGACUCAGGGCCACCGGUCCAGCUCCUUCACGUCCUCUGCCACUGACCAGAUGGAUGAUGCGGGGGUGAGCACAGCCAGCGAGGGCGAGUGGAACUAUGCGCAAGACCAGGCAGAGCAGGAUCAACCGUGUCCACAGGAUUUCAGCCCUAAACGGUCCAGGGAGGACCAGGGCGGCUUGGCGUGUCCAGGCUACAGAGCCACCUAUGAGGGCUUCAGUGGGAAAACUUCUGGGGAAACAGGGGGUACGAACUUGCACUAUACGGAUACAGAAGGUCUCUACACCUCGAUGCACUUUGAUUGUGGUCUUAAGGAAAGCAGGAGCUAUGUCUAUAACUAUGCAGCUGACUGUGGCCCAGGGACAAACAUGGGGCCCAGCGACGGUGGUUAUACUCAGUCAGACUACAGAGGCACCAGGUCACUUGGAAGGCAAUGUCUCGCCCUAAGAAAGCCAAAGGCGAAGCCACCCCCACCAAAACGGAGUUCAUCACUGAAGGAAACCAGCUGUAUGGAAGCACCGGACCAGAGUGAACCAAAGACACUGAUUAGUGACCAGCCCCUGUCGUUGUCUUCCAGGGAAAUGAAGCUGGAUCUGGCUGGUUCCAUGGGUCAGUCAGAGAUUUUGGGCCUCGAGACUGAGCCCUUAGGUGCUUGGGGAGUUGAAAGUUCAAGAGAGGUGGACGACGCAUCUCCAUUCUGUUCCAGUGACACACACUCCUUCAAGGAUGAAGGGGCCGUGCAGUCCGACUAUGCAGACCUCUGGCUCCUUAAUGACCUGAGGUCCAAUGACCACUAUCGGCCCAUGUCCAACUCCAGCACAGCUACGGGUACAACUGUUAUAGAAUGCAUCAAGUCACCAGAGACCUCAGAGUCCCAGACCUUGCGUCCGAAUUCCAAGACCAUGUCACCGUCUCAUCCCCCUGCAGAAAAUGACUUCAAGCUCUCAUCCCCCGAAAAGUUAGCAGGCUUGGCCUCUCCUUCCAGUGGCUACUCCAGCCAAUCAGAAACACCAACAUCUUCCUUUCCCUCCGCCUUCUUCCCCAACCCUCUCUCCCCAACAAGUGGCAAAAGAAAGCCCAAAGUCCCCGAGAGGAAAUCCUCUCUGGCUUCCCUUCAGCAGCAGCACCUCAGUUUCAGAGACGCCAGCUACUCCUCCAGAUGGGACCCUGAGCUGCCUGCUGCACCUCCCACUCACCUCGACCUAAGUGCUCUUCACAGCGCUCCCCCCAAGCCCCCACCCUACAGGAUUCAUACCCUCCACCACAGCAAGCAGAGGGCAGCAGCGGCCGCGGCAGCAGCAGCUGAGGCUAGGGCUGCUGCUGCUGCUGCUGCUGCUAGUGCUGCAGCCAGCAUUAAUACCACUGCUAAUGUAAACCCAAAUACAGCCUGCCCAGCCCACUUGGCUAUCACACCCACUGUUCUGAGGUCAGUCCAGUUGCGCUCCAUUGGCACAAGGGAACAAGAGCAAUCCAGCAUGGACACCACAGCUAGGCCCAAGUUCCCUGCUCAGUACUCUGAUAAUAGACAGACACAAUCCACUAGGCCUCCCGCCUACAAGUCCCAUGAUGCACCAUCUCAGGAGUUAAGUGAUACCAGGGUCUCAUCAGGAGAGAGCACCUUAGUCACAGAGCCCCCACCACGACAAAAGCAGAGGCAACAGAGGCUCAUGCCUGGCACAUACUGGGCCAUGACAGCUUUCAGGACUCCUGUGGAUGUGACGGGAGAUGAUGAUGACCUUAUACCUCAGUCAGGAGCAGCCUAUGAAUCACAGAAAGAGCCUGACUACAGAGGAGGACUCGGCUGCUCAAGACACCCAACGGCUAGCAGAAGUCUCCAGUUUGAACCCCCCACUCAGAUAUCCAAGUACGAGGUGGCAGACACCGGAGCCUCUUCGCUGUACCUGACCAGCACCAUGUCCCCCCCUGUUCAGAGUGAAACAACAGCAAGCUGUGACUUUGUACUGUUCAGCAGCCCCGACAAAGUGCCUGCCAGACCAUUCGACGCAUCGCAAACUUACGAAAUCAGCGAUGCACGGAGCAGAGAGGGCGACUGCGAAUCAUUAGGUGUUCAAGCCAGAAGUGCCUACCAGGACAAUCGAGAUGAGGGUUCAACUCCAGACACAGAGGAUUACUUCAGUAAAGAGUCUACACCCAGUGACAAUUCCAUCUCUCCAUUGACUGAUGACACAAAACCUGAUGAUGACGGUGUUUUCCCAUCACCAAACAGACUGCGCACAACUGAGGACCUGUUUGCGAUGAUCCACAGGUCCAAGAGGAAAGUUCUGGGCCGCAAGGACUCGGGGGAGUUGUGCGUGAAGAGUCGAGUGUGUCCCCCAGCAGUCAGCGUCCCCAUCAGCGUUCCUGUGACGUCCCCCAGCACGCCCACUGCCCCCCCACUCCCCGUCGGCCUCCAGCGAGUUCCAGGCCCCAUCUACCGUAGCGCCAAAAAGUCCAGCACCUCCAACGAGGAGUUCAAGCUGCUCCUGCUGAAGAAGGGCAGCCGCACAGACUCCAGCUACCGCAUGUCAGCCACGGAGAUUCUCAAGAGCCCCAUCGCACCCAAGUCCCCCGGCGAGCUUCUGCUGGAGGGGGUCAAGCCGCCCGAGGAGCCCCCGUCACCCCAACAGGAGUCUCCCGCGGGUCCAGAGCAGCUACCCAGUCCUCAAUACCCCACAGCCGACACUGAGGGCUUCUCACCCAAGGCCCUCGCGAUGACGGCCUCCUCCAGACAGGGCCGCUCCCGCAUCCCGCCCGCUGCCAACAGCAGCCGCUACAGCACCCGCAGCCGGCUCUACACGGCACCCAUGCAGGCCAUCUCGGAGGGGGAGACUGAGAACUCUGAUGGAAGUCCUCAUGACGACCGCUCCUCUUAGACCCAUUUUUUUUUUAAAUAAAACAAACAUUCUCUCAACAGAAAAAAUAUAUAAUUCAACAAAGAAAACCGAAAAGAAGAAUAUGAUGAGAGGACUCAGAAAACAGACUGUGUCAUACAUACCACAGACUCCGUUUUUUUACUUAUCCCAUAUAUCUCUUUGCCCUGGAGGACACUUAGAGGUGGGAAUAUCCUGUGUUCAACUGAAACAUUUUUAUUAUCUAAAACAUCAACUGAAAAUGAUCAAAACAUGGCCAGAGAAGGAUUCGGAGUGCUAGACAACUUUACAUUUCUUUAUGGAUUAGGUAAAAACUUCCAGAGCAGUUUUUAAUUGUUUGGAUGUAACACAUCUUUUCCUUGCGUUGGAGGAACAACAUAGGUCUUUCAGGAGGUUUCACUGGUAUAUCAGCCUCUUUAUAUCAACUGAUACAUUUACAAAUUAGAUAUCAUUUUAACUAUUUCCAUCAACACAAUAGAUGAAGGCAACUAACUUCCACUAUGUUUUAAAAAAAACUGAAGAAUUAGUGCAUCUUAUAUAUAAUGUAUACAUGCACUGUGGUGCCACAGAAGGGAAGUAUUUUUCUGUUGUCAUAGACACACAUAUCUGUCAAAGGCAGGCGUACUUGGGACAAUCUUACCUUUGCCUUUAACAGUUCCCACAGGUGAUAUUUUGUUCUACACAGAACAUCUGUGUAAAGCAAAAUACUACAGAACAACUACACAUGCAAUUUGGGGCCUGGUUGAGAACGAUGCUGCAACUUUCAUUUUGAGAGCAGAAUCCACGAUUGUGGAAUGUCCAGCUUCCUCUACAGACCUGUGUUUUUAUGUUGGAUUUGAGCAAGGGGGUUUUGAUACCUGAAGCCUGGCGUUUCUAAUCGUGAUAAGAGGGUAGUGGAAAAAGGCCCAAGAACUGCUAGUAUAACACUAUUAACAUCCUCUGAGGGAUGCAUAGACUCCUAACGAUUCCUGUACACAUUCUAUCAUGAGCUUUUUUGGUAAGAGAUUGAAAGGACUGGUAUUUAAAACCCAAAAUUCCUUUGCACUUGGUGAGGAUAAUACAGUAUACCUUAAAAAGAUCACACUAGAUCAUGUAUUUCAUGAAUAUGAGUUAACUAUAAAUACCAUUGAAACGUACACUUGAAAUGACUUGAGGUCAAGGUGCAGAUCAUCCUUGUCAGUGAGGCAAGGUAAUGUAUCUUACUGAUUUGUCACAGGGCUGCAUUCUGUAGAUAAAGUCUUUUUAGUUGUAGCCUGAGUUGGGUUUCCACCCCCCACCAACGUAUAGGUCAUACUACCUUAAAAUAAUUAUUGUUUGAAUAAAACAAAUAACAUAA